AUGAGCUUGAAAGAAGUAUUCGAACAACAUCCAUGGAGGUCAUUUAAGAAGUUCAAUGAAGCAGCAAAAAGUUGGGGAUUUACUAACAGAGCUGAAGUGAAAAAGUUCUUUGACAAAAAUGUUGUACAUCAAACAAAAAUAAACCCUUACGACUACUUUUUACCAAUUUACUCCAACACUCCUGACGCAUACCAAUUUGACACUCUCAUUCAAAGCAGAAAAGAAGGACAUAAACCAUUCCUCAUCUUCAUUAAUGUUAACACUCGUAAAGCAUAUGCAUAUCCAAUGAGGAAUAAAGGAACUCGUGAAGUGUUAAGAGUUUUACAAAAGUUUGUAGCAGAACAUAACCCAAGUACUUUAACAUCAGACCAAGACAGUGCAUACCUCAGCAAUGAAAUCACAGAAUUUCUCAUUAAGCAUAACAUAACUCACUACACUACUGAAGACCAUAACCAUAACAUACUCGGCAUCAUAAACCGCUUCAUAAGGACUCUCAGAGAUUUA